AUGGUGACCCAAGAGGUGGACAGCAGAGGGCGAGUGGCCACAGAGCUGUCUGGACGGAGAAGGGGGACUUGCUGUGAGGACAAGAAGCAGACGCUGCUGGCGCUGCUGGUCUUGGUGCUGUAUAUGGGCACAGGGAUAUCAGAAAGAAGCUGGGAGGCGGCAGAAAGGAUCAGAGAAUGUAACUACCCCCAGCAUCCUGUGGCUUCUCAGGGGUUUGAAUACCAGACCACUGAUCCCUCAAAAUUGCCAAUGAAGGUCGUCAAGACUUGGCUGAAGGAGAACUUGCAAGUUUUCUUGGAAAAGCUGGAGAAACAGGUGCAUGAGCUGGAGCAGCUGGUACGGAACCUGGAAGAGUGGCUAGAUGUCUUUCUGGGAGAGGGGCACCCCAAGGAACACUGCUCCACCUUCAAAAAUCACUUGUGA